AUAAUAAUAAUUCCAUAGAUACAGCAACUUGGGUAUUGGCUUAAAGAAACUAUAAUUGUCAACGUUGGAACAUGUACAACUUUGAUAUUACUGUGUGAGAUUGCAGGCAAAGCAUCUUGGUGUUGGAACCGAAAGGACGAAAAAGGUAACAUGGCAAAUGGAAUAAAGGCAAGGCUAGGCUUGACAUUUUGUCUUUGACGGUGCUUAGAGAACAGAACAAAGGCAAAACCUUCACUUGAUAUUAUUUUCCUCUACUUCCAGGUUUCUUCUUCCCCCCAUUCAAUCAUCAAAACAUUCUCCUUUAGCAACAAUGGCAGGUGCAAUCCAAAAACUACCCCUUGAACAAAUCCAAGAGGACCCAAAUAAGUUCUAUUACCAUUUCCUCUACAAAGCCACACUAGUCCUCAUCUUCUUCGUUAUCAUCCCAUUGUUUCCCUCACAGGCUCCUGAAUUCAUCAACCAAUCGCUCCUCACCAGAAACUGGGAACUCCUCCACCUUCUCCUCGUCGGUGUCGCCAUCUCCUACGGCCUCUUCAGUCGCCGAAACGAAGAAACAGACAAAGAGCAUAACAACUCAAAGUUUGACACUGCACAAACUCUUGUGUCAAGGUUCCUUCAGGUUUCUUCUUUUUUCGAGGACGAGGGUGAGAGCCCCGUCGAGUCUGAUGAAACAAAAGUCCAAACUUGGAGCAGCCAACACUACAGGAACGAACCUGUGGUUGUUGUUGCUGCUCCACAGUUACAAAAGUAUUCUAGUUUUGAUGACCAGAGUGGGGAGAAGCCUCUGCUUUUGCCCAUUCGAAGCUUGAAAUCUCGCUUAUCUGAAGAAGAUAUUGAUGUUCAAUCUCUGAACAUGUCAAUGAGUUCUAAAAGAUUUUCAAGCUAUUCGAAUAGAAAAGCAGAAGUUGAAGCUGUUGAUGUUGAUGUUCAAUAUCUAAAUAGCUCAACAACCUUCAAAAGGUUUUCAAGCAAUUCAAAUAGAAAUGCUGAAGUUGAAGUUGAUGGUGUUGAUACUGAUGUUCAAUCUCUAAAUAGGUCAACAAUUUCUCAAGGAUUUUCAAGCAAUUCCAAUAGAAAAGCUGAAGUUGAAGCUGAUGAUGUCGAUGCUGAAGUUCAAUCUCAAAAGAGGUCAACAUCUUCCAAAAGAUUUUCAAGCAAUUCAAACAGAAACACAGAAGUUGAAGGUUCUAGAGCUGAGAACAAGAAGAAAGAGAGUGUGGUGCUUCCUUCUCCCAUUCCAUGGCGUUCAAGAUCAGGAAGAUUGGAACAUAAGCAAGAAGAAUUUGAUGAAGCCUCUAACAUGAUGUUUCCUUCUUCAAAGGAGGAAUCUCGCCCUGUGAAGUCUCAACCUUCUCGCGCUUCUUCGCGAGACAAUUCCGUGUCUCCUUCGCCUUCUUUCUCAUCGGAAUCUCCUGCGAAGAACACAGAGGAUUCGGUGAGGAAGAAGGGCUUCUACAAGUCUUGUCCUCCACCACCUCCGCCACCGCCACCAACAAUGUUUCAGAAAUCAGUGUUCAUGAAGCCAAGGUUCGGUGGUUCAUCCAACGAAGCACCUUGCUUCAAUAAAGAGUUGAAGAGAAGCUUCACAAGUGAGAGAACCACACCAGUGGGAAAGAAAAGUGAUGAAGAAAAUAAAUCCAUGCAACCCACAUUGUUUAGAAGUAACAAGUUCAUAGGGCAUGCAAGCGUGCCUCUUGUGUCACAGCCAGCUGAGAAAGAAAGCCUUCUUGUGGAAUCUGACGAUGAUGAUGACGACGAUGACACAGAAAUCGAGGACCAAGACGUUGAAGGAGGAAGAACCGUUGCUAAGAACAAUGACAGUGGAAAGAGUCCACCUGUUAUUGGUGGAGAAAGUUCAAAAACAGAUGGUGAUGAAGGACCAGAUGUGGAUAAGAAGGCUGAUGAGUUCAUUGCUAAGUUUAGAGAGCAAAUAAGGCUUCAGAGAAUUGAGUCAAUCAAGAGGAGUACACGCAGUGCAAGAAACGCUUCAAGGUAAUAAUAUUGAAGAUGGAUACAUAUCAUAUCCUUCUAUUUACUACAUUAGUUAAAUGGAAUGUAAUUAAAUUGACGUGGAUGUUUCUUUCCACAGCUUAAGGUUGUAAUUGGAUUGAUGUCCUCUUCCCCUCCCCAUAAAUAUCUAUGGUAUAGACAAAUUUACUUACCUGUGCUUUGCUAUAACUUCAAGUUUUUUUGUGUA